AAUAGUGCGAGAUAUGGGAAACGUUCGUACAUUGGUAGUGAACGAUUUCGUGAUCGAGACAUGCUGCUCAGUAAAAAUGUUUAUGACACGGAACUGGUGGAUUCGGAUGAUUCGUUUGAUUCACAGGGUGAACUGGGUAUGAACAAUGAUGAAGCUGUGCAAGCGCUUGAAACAAAGGUUGACACUCUGCUUUAUCGUCUUCAUCGAGAAGAAGAGCGAAAAAAUUCAUACAAGCAAAAGCUGAUAUCGGAAAAAAUUAUACGGCAACAUGUCGAAAGUAAAUUUGUGGGCGAUAUUCAGCGAUUAACACAACUUGUGAAUACGCUCAAAAAGGAGCAGAUAUCUUACCGGAACCGAAUCAGAUCGUCGUUGUUCUCUUCACCGCCAUCCACGUCAAACGGACAAGCAUCGAUGCUUACGGUGGCCGAAUUGGCGUGCUCGGCCACUUCGGGCUCGACAGCUCCACUGCAGUCUUCAAUGAACAUAAAUUCACUUCAGGAGGAAGGCGUGGAUGAAUUGAAGAAUUUUCGCAUAAAUGAGGUAUCGGAAUUUGCUUGA